AUGAAGUCAUUAUCCAUCAUUGUGCUUUCAUUGCUGGCCUCAGCUCAAGCUUCAGUUUUAAGCACAACCAAUAUCGCAACUGUUCUCGCCGGCGUCACAGCUCCAAGCACGCUCACCAUCUCCGCAGAAGCUAUGGCCGCGAUCGCGAAGCUUGGAACUGGAGGAGCCAAUGCUGCCACCCUCAGUGCAGCUGAUACGGCAGCCAUUUCUGCAUGUACUGCAGCAGGGCGAGCCAACAACACUGCCAGUAAAGCAAAUCUUAGUGACGGCACAGGCUCAGCGGGGGCUAUAGCAUUUGUUACGAACAAGAUUACAACGCACGCGUGCGAGAGUGCUGGGCAGCAGAUUGCGCUGGUAACAGCUGGAACAGCAGCUAGCGAUACGGAUAUCAACCUGUUAAUAUCGAAUGUUGGCGUUUUGAAUGUGAAUACGAAAGCCGCUGGUAUCACGAGCAAGAGGGCGAUGGAAUUCAUGGUAUAG